GUGCACCGUAGCUUUUGUCGUUCCAUUUUUAUCGACGACGAAACGCGUCGUCUGAGAGUGCAUAAAACGCUGCUGUCUGCAGCAGUUAAAUACUGAGCAGGCUCAGCUCUAAAUCAACUAAAUUUCCGUGGGGGCAAUGGACCACGAACAUACGCGUUAAUAAUUAAAACGGGAUGCGUGUAAUGGAAGAGGCUGCUGUCAAGGACAGCUUGUUCAGGUAUAUAUACGAGUUCACAUGCACGAAGGCUACGGUAUUGUUGGGACAGCCUGUAGGCUUACCUAUUUGGGUGCCCGGUCGUCAGUCAGCAAAUUCAUUUAUGCACUCUGGGUCUACUCGCAGAAUCAUCUCAGACUUUUCGGGACUUUCAAGUUCAAACAGAGGUUCGCAUAAUGGUCGACUCAACAAACAGGCAAACACUCAGACUUCUUGACAAGUCGCAAAACGUAAGCGAAAGGAGUCUGUCGGGAGCAGAUACCAAGGAAUUCGAGGAUGAACUGGACACGGCAAAUGGCAUCAACAUUUGGCAGACGGCCAUUUCCCUGUCGGGUGUUUGUGCUGGCUUGGGUUUCUUAGCCGUUGACGUUCUGGUCGUAAGCACAGGUUGGAUUGGCUUCUUUCUCUUCAUCCUCCUGUAUGCUGCCUUGCUAUACACAUCUAUAAUACUGGGCCGCUGCUGGAAUAUGGUGCGGGAUAAAUGGGGCCAUGAGCGCCAUCCUUACGGCGCGAUCGGCUACGAGGCGUUCGGUGGCUUGGCACGAAGUCUCAUCAACAUACUAGUUGCUGCCGUCUGCUUCAGCAACGCCAUUGUUGUGCUGAUGGGUUUCUCGGAAAUGACUCUUACGAUUGGUGGGGCUGCGCUGGAGGGCACGCUGUGCUACUGGCCGCUGGCCUACGGUCUGGUCAUCUGUCCCUUUUUCUGGCUAGCUACUCCUAAGAGUUUCUGGUGGAUAAUGGCAUCCAGCUUUUUCACCGUCGUCAUGUCGGUGAUCCUCGUUAUCACUUCUGUAUUUGUAGCCGGCAGUCCCACCUCCAGCGGGAUAAAUGCCACCGAGGAGGUGCCCCGAGAGAGUGCGUUUUUUCACCUUACUGAAAUAGCUGGGACGGUCUUCUGGCUCAUGGCCCAGCAUGGCUGUAUCCCGACUCUGCAACAAGACAUGCAACAGCCGCAGGGCUUCAGUAAAGCCAUCAUCCUUGCUGACCUAAUGACUUUAUUUCUGACACUUCCGGUGAUGCUUGCUUUGGUAAUUACCUACGGGAACACACUGACGAACGUGUCAGGUUCUGCGAUAGUGUACUCGUUGCUACCAGAGGACGCCCUCAAGAAGGUCUCUGCAUCGCUUAUCAUGGUCCAUCUGACUGGAGCUGUCUUGUUAGUGAACAACCCACUUUUUCAGUACCUGGAAGAGGUUCUGCAUAUACCCAUCGAGUUUAGCUGGAAGCGAGUGGUUCUACGCUCUUCGGUUCUCCUCAUGCAGAUAUUUGUCCAGGAGACGGUGCCUCAUUUUACCUUGUUGUCGUCUAUAUCUGGUGGAUUUCUCACCCCACUUAUUUCUUUCCUUGUACCCUGCCUGUUUUACCUGCGCUUGCGGAAAACCUACCAGCCAGAACCAACAAAAUGGUCCAUGCUUGAAACAAUUGCCUGCGUCGUCAUCAUCGCAGCAACACCUUGCAUCAUAGUCGCCAUUUUGUUCGGUACGGGGACUGCGAUCGCGAGUGGCAGGACAGCGUUCACCGUACCAUGCUAUGUCAACGCAACUCUCGCUGGUCUUUGACGGUUUCAAGGGAGUUCCCUCUUUGCCUACAACUCAUAUGGGAGGCCAAAGUUUGCAGAAAUGUCAACUUUUGGUCAAUUAUUUUCAUAAGUUUGUGUUUAGUAGUCCGUGAAUUAUGAUCUGGUUUUCUGAUAGCUGCGUGGGACUUGUUAAUAUUUUGUGAAUCAUUCUUUAGCAUUUUUGUACCGACGGCCAGCCAUAGUUUUAGCAACCACUUCUUGGUCUUGAACAGACCCUAUUGAAGAGAUCUUCAUCGGCACGGUCAGUCAGGAGUAUAAUUGACUUUGACUUUGUCACCAGAACCCAUAGCGCGAAUGGGAUCACUCAUCGCGACCCGCGUGGAACAAACAGGCCCUCGGUCGCAAAAUUACCAGUGUCAGUACACUAAACUUGCCAGUUUCACCGCAGUUGCGCUCAGAUUACAUAAAGCCCACAGUUUAAGUGGCGGUAGAAAAAUAAUAGUGUUCUGGGUAAAACGGCAGGAAAUGUAAAUCCAAUCCACACGUCGGACUACGGGUAGCAUUGGAACCCAGGCCACGGAACUACAAAAGCUACAGAAAGCAUCAAGACCUACCCCUGCAGCCGUUACACACAGGUGUUUCAGAUUUUUGCUCUGGAAGAUGUUGUUUUAGAACUGAGUGUUUGGGCCUUCACGCUGUUUCUUAAGCUUGUGUAAAAUCCACAAGAUUUCUCGGUUGAAACUCGAGCCCGCGCCCACCUGCACUCGACCCACAGCUUUGAUGACCCAGGUCGGCUGACCCCGGCAAGCAUUUCCGUCUGCGAUACGGCAAAUUAACGCGCAAGUCCUGGGUUGGUGCACUUCAUAAAACCAUGCAGUGAACAGUUACUGAGGUUUCACGAACUAUCGUAAAGGUGUUCCCGUGCACUUAGCAUACUAACGUGUGAUUUCAAUAUUUUUGUUUUCACUAAUACUUAUGCAUGUUUUAGAUACACUUGUAGAUGUUGACACGAAUUAUCAUUCGUAAACCUGUCAAAUAUAGUUGUAUUUAACUAAAAAACAUUCUGGCAUAGAAUAUUGUUAAAGGUUUUAUUUCGUCAAAACAAAAAGUCCUGAGAUUUACAUUUCUUAGUUGGUGAAAAUGAAACUAAAGGGGAACUGUACAUUCUCUACUCAAGUUGUGUACAUUAAUAUAGUAACGCUGUGCAUUUAAUAGUUGGCGGUGACGGCGACGAUAUUUAUUCCCAUUCAUACUGUUGAAUCACAAAGUCAAAAUAAGUGUAAACUGUUUCAUAUUUCCAACGAUAUUGUUCAAUUCUACUUUUUUCAGACAUUUAUCUUGCCAUGUUAUUGUUUGUUGUUCCUUUCGCCAAGUUGUCCUAAACAACUACUUUAUGGAGGUUUUUGCGCACUUUGCGUGGAGACGGCCACGGUGAGGUGGCGCACUGCCAGAUGCUGCUUGAUCAUCCGUUUAAGACUGGCCACGUGACGGGCUCUCGACUAAUAAGAGUGGCUAAACUAUCUUGGGUAGGCCUAUUUAUGAAUAAACAAUGAAAGAUAAGAAAAUGUAAGAACAUCUUUCUGCUGGGUUGGAUGAACUAGGGAGUGACUCUCCUCUAAACAUAUGAAUGUUGUAAAAAGUGGUGGCGAUUAUAUUUCAGUGAAUGUACGCUAGUGAUCUGGGUUACUUCGCUGUUGGUUCAAGAUGAACAAAUACAGCCAUGUGUUCAUAUGACGCGACUGUGGGUGAGAACGGUGCAGGCAUAGCCUGUCCAACAGUUAACAUCGACUGUGUUGGGUCAUAAGUCUGACAUCGGGUGUGCGUUAUCGACCCAUGUACUUCUUGCAGUUGGUGCAUUGUGGGAAAAUCAUCAUCAAUAAUGAUCACAUGAACAGCUCCAAAUACACAUUAUGGACAGUUUGUCCUCAUACCCAUAGUCCAUUGGGUGCGGAGAGGGAGCACAAUACAACAGGUACAAGGAAAUCUAUUUCCGGAACAGAGACAGAGGCAAAAUCGGGACAGCGGAUGGACUACAAUUGCAAAAUUAAACUUAAGAAAAAUAUGAUCAAA